GGAAGUAUUAAAUGCAAACUUUAAAGGAUUUUAUUUUCAUCUGCAGUCACAUGACGACUUAAUACCCAAUGACACUAACUACAGUGUCUCAUUAAGAGGUCAUGCAAACUCCCAAGCUAAACAAGGCAUUCUUACAUAUUUAACAUUCAAAUGCAGGAGCCGAGCUAAGCCAUGGAAGAUUGUAAUCAGAAAAAAGCAACACUUCCUGAUCAGGACAAAAGCUACAGGUUAUUCUGGAAUGUGAAAACUUCUUGCUGCUUGGAUCCAUGACAAGAACAUAGAUGCUAUUCACGUAUUCGAACAAUCUGCACCAAUAUGGAUCAAGACAUUUAAACCAAAUCUUUCAAGCAGUCGAUGGAGUACAGUCUGAAAGAUUAAAGAAAAUCCAGAUGGGGUGCAGGUGCUGCAAAAUGAUACAAAGCUACAUUUUUGAUCCAGAAGAGUUACAAUCACCUGGAUGCACUCAUGAAGGAAACAGCUACAAACAAGAAGAGCAAAGAAGCAAUAAAUUCAAAAUCAAAAAGAACUGUGAAAUUAAAGAACAGAAAAAAGAACCGCAGAAGGAUGAGCUAAAAGGAACAGGAACUAAAAAUCAGGUAAAUAGCACAGGGGAGACCCUCUGGAACCACAGAGACGAUGCUUUUCAAGAUGACAGCCUUGUGAAGUGUGUUGCAAAGCUUGAUGUUGCAGUCAAUGGCAGCAGCUCUCAUGCUGGUGUGCACCCCAUUCUCAGCCCCAGCACAAACUCAGUGAAAGAAGCCAGUGAACAGAGCACCUCCAGCCAGCCAGCAGAGCCUUCUUCAGUCAAUACUAAAGACUUCCAAUCCAAACCGAAUGAGUGUGGCCAAGAGCUUGACCUAGGAGCAGGCAGUCACAGGAAGGCAGACUGCAGUCAGACGAACAGUAUUCAAGGUGUGAAACCCUGGUCUAUAGAAGACAGUAACUUUCUCAAAGGAAGUGCAGUAUUGGACACACAAAAUAACGAUGCCAUAAAACUGCCAGAUAUAGAUUAUUGCCAAAAUGGCAACCAAAUCAGGAACUAUGUUGAGAAAGAUAGCAUUUCAGUCAACUAUGCACAUCCAGACCAAAUGACUAAGCAUUCAGCAAUGCAGGGUCAAGACCUUCAUGUAACCCCAUCUUUGCAUGCAAAGGAAAGCAGUAUCGAGCCUUUUAACACUGACUCUGCAGGCUUGAGUGAGGACAUUCCCAAUGGCAUUGCUUCUACAGCUGCACCCACAGCAUCACAGGCACCCACACAUCAGAGCCACACAGACAUCAGUGGAGAAACUGAGGAGGAAGAUGCAGAAGUAGCAGCAGCUCUGGCUGCACUGGAAGCUGCAACUGCAGGUGAAGACCUAGAAGAGGAUGAUGUAUACUAGACGAAGGUCUCUUUCUGAUACACUGGGUGGAAUCCAGAUCAUUUUCUGGAUCUGUAUGAAUGCAUGCGAUGUUCACGUGGACAGCUGUUACAAAUCACAUAUAUGAAAAGAUUGGGACUAAAUCUCUGUCCCUUCAACAGUUUUAUACAGCCUUCUAAUUUCCACUGCCUGAAGCACGUAUGUUUUUCUGUACAGGACCAACCAGGAGGGCAAAGCAUCAUUCUUUACACACAGGAUAUUCUGUUGUAUAUCCACCUCUCACCUGGUCUCACACAGACAUUUCCCUCAGUUUUGACUCUCAGGAGGGUCUGCACACACUGCAUGUUCCAGGUUCAGAAAAAAAUCCAUUAUUUAAAACUGAACUAUAGAAGACAUGGAGUUAGAAAUCACAGAUUUUCACGUUAGGACAUACAAUAAAACUGAUGCACAGCUCUAUAACACAGUAUGAGAGGAGGAAAGCAGCUUGGCUCAUGCUUUAGUUCGUGUGCAGGUGGGUUGAGGAUAAUUACACCUUUUCUGUUACACCUUGCCUGGACUUGAUCUGAUACCCCAGUGACCUGCUUUCAUAGAAUCAUAGAAUUGCUCAGGCUGGAAAAGACCUUCAAGAUAAGUCCAACCACAACCUAAUCACACUACCCUAACACUAGACCCACCACUAAAUCAUGUCCCUGAGCACCACAUCCAAAUGGUUUUUAAACACAUCCAGGGAUGAUGACUCAACCACCUCCCUGGAGAGCCUAUUCCUGUGCUUCACAUCCCUUUCUGUAAAGUAGCUUUUCCUGAUAUCCAACCUAAAUCCUACCCUGGCACAACUUGAGGCCAUUUCCCCUCAUCCUGUCACCACUGAGAACAGACCAAACUGGCUCUCACUGCAAUCACCUUUCAGAUAUUGGAAGAGAGCAAUAAGGUCUCCCCUCAGCCUCCUUUUCCUCAGACUAAAUAGCCCCAGUUCCUUCAGUCUCUCCUCAUAGAGCAUAUUUCCAAGCCCUUCACAAGCCUUGUUGCCCUUUUUUGGGCCUGCUCCAGUACCUCCAUACCCUUCCUGGACUGAGGUGUCCAAAACUGAACACAGUACCCGAGGUGAGGCCUCACCAAUGCCAAGUACAGGGGCAGGAUAACUUCCCUAUUCCUGCUCA